ACAGAUCGUUGCGUGUGGACGGGCCUUUAAAUAAGUUCUUUUUUAAGUGUGAGCUAAUACGUAAGCUGAAUACUGUAGGUAAAAUUCGAAGCUUAAUUUCUUGUAUGAAUUUCAAAUUUCAUUUGACACAAUAUUGACAAUUCAAUCAGAAGUUAAUUAUCCUCUGCGGUGCGACGCGGUAUCAUAUGCAAUGAGGUUGUAGGUUAUGUUGGCAAGUUUCAAGUGUGAAUGGAGAUCCUACUGAUUGCUGUUGGCAACCGUGUUGGUGUGCUUAAGAAUCUUUGAUUUGCCGCCAAAAGAUCCGCGGGGUGCAAGUGAAAUACAGUAAUUCAAAGUGUCUAGUGCGUAAAAGGCGGCCCUGCCCUGUUGAAAAUGGAGACGAAUACAGAUAAUACAGCUGUCGAGAAGAAGGAAGAAGAUAUGAGCCCAAAGGAAAAGGCGUUUAUGCUUCUUGCUCAGGGCAAAAGGCAUUACCUCGUUAAAGAUUACUUCGAAGCAGUGGGAUGUCUGGCAACUGCGUGUGAACUAUUGGCUGAAGUGUAUGGUGAAGCUGCAAAUGAGUGUGGCGAUGCCUAUUUCAGUUACGGAAAAGCGUUACUCGGCCUCGCAAGAGAAGAGAACGGUGUGCUAGGCGAUGCUGUUGAAGAACGUGAAGAUGAAGAGGAAGAGAACGAGCAGGAGGAACAAGAAGCUGGUGUGGAAGAUAAUUGUGAGAAGGAGGAAUCUGCAAAACAUGAAAAUGAGAAAGUAGAAGAUACUGCUGCGGAUAGUGCUCCCACUGUAGAUAGCGAACCUGUUGGUAGCGAGGAUAAUGUAGAGGUUGACGGUGAGAAAGAUGAGGAUGAUGCUGAGACAGUGAGUAAUCUGAAAUUGGCGUGGGAAAUGUUGGAACUCGUAAAAAUUAUUUUUCAGAGACAAGCUGACAGCGACCAAAACAUUAAACUUAAACUUGCAGAAGUACACAUGUAUUUGGGCGAGAUUGGCUUAGAAUCCGAAAACUAUACUUCAGCUAUAGAAGAUAUAAAUAGAUGUUUAGAAAUUAGAAAGAAACUUCUCAAAACCGAUGAUAGGUGUGUAGCGGAAACAUUGUACCAGCUAGGCUUAGCUCAUUCACUUGCAAGCAAUUUCGACGAGUCUAUAAAGUACUUUUCCGAAGCUGUUGAGGUGCUGGAAGAAAGAAUUAAAAUCCUGGAGCAGAGAAAGGACAGUGGCGGUGAAGUGGCGGAAGAAUCCAAAUCUGAUGCAUUUUAUACUAUAGACGGUGAAAUCACAGAAAUAAAGGCUUUACUGCCUGAGAUUAAGGACAAAAUUCAGGAUAUGAAAGACUUCAAAAAUGAAACAUUGAAGGCGAUGUUUGAGAAGCGCUGUGAAGAUCAGCAGGGAAGUUCUGGUCAGGCUGGUACUUCGUCUGCAUCGUUAUCAACAUCAGCUGCAUCCACCGAAUCAAAGCCGGUGUCCAAUAUCACCCAUUUAGUGAGGAAGAAGCGUAAGUUGGACUUGGAUAUGUCAGAUAGUAAAAGGAGUAAAACAGAACCUGAUCAAGAUCUAGUGUAAUCUACGUUCAUUUGAAGAGACACAAAUACCUGUUAUUGCCAUACCGCGUAGAGGACUGUAAAUCACGUAAUGCACAAAACGAAAUCAGCAUUUGACCUUACGAUUAUUGAAACAUUCUUAGAACUGAAAUUCAAAUGCUGGUUUAACUUUUUUUGGUGCGAAAUACGUAUGGUAAUGUAUUCGUGUUCAAAAGAAAGAACAUUGGUUACUCUCUGUCAAGACGUGGGUUAAAUAUGGCACACAUUUGUUGAAAUUGUAAUUUAAAGGCAGGUGAUUGUCUUGGCAGUUGAGUUAUAUGUAGUAGAUUGGAUGACUUAAAUGUUUAUAGAACUUAACAUUACAUUCAGAAUGUUUGGUGAGUUAGUAAACAGAUCUAGGACUCUAUUAAUUUUAUAUUGCCAAGAGGUGAAGUUUAUUUUAAUGCCAGUGUAGAUCAUAAUUUAAUAAUAUCCAUGAUCACAUGUUGACUAAAUGUAUUCUGUAAGCUAAAAUAGUGAAACUGAUAUGAGCAGACUGACAAAAAUCUCAUCCCUAGGAAUAGUCUAAAUCAUAUGGGCAUUGCAUUCAUAGGUCUAGUAAUUUUACUUCACAAUAUCAGCACUUAAAAAGUGCCUCACUUUACUAACUAGGGUGAAUACAGAUUGAGUUUUGUUAUUUUCUGUGAAGAAGUCGAGUGUGUAUUUAUUUUCAUAAGGUGUGUGUGUGUGUGUGUGUGUGUGUGUGUGUGUGUGUGUGUGUUUAGACAUUUCAAUGGUAUGUGACUGACUGAAGAAACUAGUCAGGUCUCGUGCAUGUUAACUUCAUGAGAAACCCAAAUUUGUUUGAAAACAUAUGAAAUGUACUUUUUUAAUGGGCAAAUAAAGCUAAUUUGUAAACCUUUUUAAAUUUGUGCAAAGUCACUUUGGUGCUGUGAAGAGUGGUAAAUUUCUUGUACAAUAUAUUUACUUAUGCAUGCAGGGAGAAAAAAUAGGAACAGCAAACAUUUUGUAUGUUUUUAUAUUUUAUUUUUCUCUUAAAAAUAUGCCAACUUUUGAGUUAACACGGAAAUGGGGCUUUGAAUGUGAACAUCCUUGGUGUACUAUAAGCGAAGUAGCUGCCAUGUAGCAUUGAUUUCAACAUUAGAUUAUCAGUGUAAAUGUUUGUUGGGGAUGGUAUCUUUCUUUCUGUGUUCUGAGAAUUAACCCCAUAGAGCCAGUAGGCCUAAUGUCAGUGCUAGAGUUUAAAAUGAGUUCUGAAUUAGAUUGCAACUCGACAUAUUCUAAGUUCAGUUAGAAUUGAGGUAGUGUAAAAAAUGUAGACCUGGUUGAGAUUAAGGCACACAUCCUGUGGACUGUUAUCCUUACAUUUGUUAGUGUAGUGUUGUAUAUGUUAGAACACACUAGUGCACUGUUGAGAAAAAUUAAAGGUAGUGUGACACAUUUUUUACAAUAUAACAUGGAGAGAAAAGAUGGCAUAUCAUACACUGUUAGGAUUAGCCUCUAUGGACUAUCUUGAAGUGAGACAUUAAUGUCCAACUUUGAUUGACACUAAAAUUCAUGGCACAAGUUCCACAUUGGACCUGUCCCCCCCCCGCCCCCUCUACCAUUUAUCGUAGGUCAUUAAGCCUCUAGAUAAUUAAUAUGCAUUGAGGUACUUCAUGGAGAUGUGUGUAAUCUGAUGCAGGGUUGCUGAAUUUACCAGUAGUUUUCAUUUUUGUUAUGAAAAGUGCAUUACAUAUGGCAUAAAUAUAAACAUUAAAGUAUGCUACGGGCAGGUCAGUAUGUUAGAGCCGUAAUUAUGUAGCAUUCAUUUUCAUUGGCUUGUCAAUUGUUAAUUAUGUUAUCACCUUCCAACCUAACCUAGACCAUGAGCUAUGCUAAUGGUCAAUCUGUUAAAACAAACAAAAUUUCAGGGAACGGGGAUCUGAUACCACCCAGUAUCAUAAUAUGCUAUCACGCAGCCACAGUAGUGUGAAAGUUGUGUUUAGUUAUUUGAAUUUUGGGAUCGUAUGUGGCUUGUAUAUUUGUACUACUUAAAUCAAAUGUGGAGAGUUGUUUUUGUUUGUGUUACUUAUUCCGGACUGCUGUUAUGGGAUUCCAAGUUCUUUGAAUGAUAUAAAUAUUCUGUAAGAUAUUUUUCUCUGCUGAUGAGACGUGUGUGCCUGUACUUUCUAAGCAAUAUAAUUGUAUAUUUGUUACAGGGAGAUCUGAUCCUGAAAGUGAAUGACGGGAGAGGCAUUAAUUUGUCAGUUUAUCCACAUCUUGUAUAUCACUGGCAAGGGAAAGCUUUAAGCAGAAUGUUGCAGUAUGUGAAGUACAGUAGAUUGUAAAUUGCACUUAUAUUGGAAGCUGCUGUAUUAAUUAAUGUGAAUGAUAUUCAUUAUUUUUAUAGUAUUUUUCUAAUUACAGUUUUUGAUACACUUAAAAAUAAAAUAUUAAUGGCAGGUGUACAGUUUCUGUCCUUAGGGCUCUACUUCAGGUGCAAAUGUUUUAUUUUUGUAUCAGUUUUGUGUGGGAUAUAAUUGUGCAGAAAAAUUUCAUAGCUGUGUAUUCUGUUCUGAAUGUGUUUCCUCAUUUCUGAUUUAGAGAACUAAUAAAAGGCAAAUUUGUA